ACUUCCAGCCUUUGCGACGGGUCGCGGGCUGUUUUGGGGUUAGGUUUGUGUGGACACACUUGCAUUCGUUACCAAUAUCCGCCACUGUGCAUGGCGAGGGAUCUGAUCGGGCCGGCUCUGCCGCCGGGCUUCAAGGCCCUUGGAACAGCAGAGGACAAGGAGCGGGACCCCAGCCCGGUUGCAGGACCAGCUCUACCUCCUAAUUAUAAAAGCAGUAGUUCAGAAUCAUCAGGCAGUGAUGAGGACAGUAGUUCUUUGUAUGAAGGAGGGAAUCAAGAAUCUGAAGAAGAUGACACCGGUCCACCUGCAAGAAAACGGGAGAGAAAUCAAGGUGACGAUGAUGAUGAUGAAGGAUUUUUUGGACCAGCCCUUCCUCCUGGAUUUAAAAAGCAGGAUGAUUCUCCUCCAAGGCCUCUAAUAGGUCCUGCAUUACCACCUGGUUUUAUUAAAUCUACACAGAAAAGUGGCAAAGGCAGAGAUGAUCCACGACCACAAGUAUCAUCAUGUCUCAACUCUGAGGAAAUAGAUAGCAGUGAAGAUGAAGACAUUGUUGGACCAAUGCCUGCAAAAGGACCCGUUAACUAUAGUGUAACGACAGAGUUUGAAAAAAGGGCCCAGAGAAUGAAAGAAAAACUGACCAAAGGAGAUGACAUUUCAGCUAAACCAGUUACAAGGGAGUUAUGGAUGACUGAGCUUCCUCCAGAAUUUAAAGACUUUGGUCUUGGGCCCAGAACUUUUAAGAGAAGAACAGAUGACAAAUCUGAAGAUCGAUCAGUCUGGACAGAUACUCCAGCUGACAGGGAAAGGAAGGCUAAGGAGACACAAGAAGCAAGGAAGUCACUCAGUAAGAAGGAUGAAGAACAUAUAUUGUCAGGAAGGGAAAAGAGAUUGGCUGAGCAGGCAUCCUCAUACAAUGAAUCAAAAAGAUCAGAAUCUCUUAUGGACAUUCAUCAAAAAAAAAUAAAGAAUAAAUCUGCUGAAGAUAAAACUAAGCCCCAAGAAAGAAUACCAUUUGACCGUGAUAAGGAUCUUAAGGUUAAUCGGUUUGAUGAAGCUCAGAAAAAAGCCCUAAUUAAAAAAUCUAGAGAACUAAAUACCAAAUUUUCACAUGGCAAAGGCAGUAUGUUUUUAUAAGGGGACUUCUCUGUGCAAUGAAGAAAAGUUGAAGAACACUCUUAUCUGUUGGUCCACUGUUAUUACUUUUUUGUAAGUUACUUACUAUUAGAGAUUACUUUAGUCUUAAAAACCAUACAAACUCAUCUUGUUCUCUGCAUCCUUAAAAUCAUGUGGAAGCAUAACAUAAUAUCAGUGUUUCUUAUGUAGAACAGAAUUUUAUGUGUUUGGCUUCCAAGAAAGUAUUGGCUUUUCUUCAAAUAAUUAUUCUGAGGAUUCCCCCGACCAUGCCCUAAUUUUUGUGAUGUGUCCCAAGUAUCCUCUUAGAUCUGGUCAGGACUAUCUGAAGACUGGACCUCCUCGUUGGAUGUUAUUAACCUACCCUAGAGCAAGUGUGUCCAGUACUUAGAGUAAAUCCAAGAAUUUGAAAUUGUUUGGCUAUUCCCUUUCAACUGCAAGGAGUGAAUACAUAUUUACAUGAAAAAAGUACAUAUGGAGAAUUUGACUGUUUCAUUAACAGUUUGUUUAUUUGGGCACUCAGGGCUUUUUAUUUGUGGUUUGUGUUUUCUGGUGUGUUUAAGUCAGAAAGGAAUCUCUGUUAUUUCAUGUUCUAAGGAAAAAGUAUUUGAUUUUUUUUCAACUUUAAUAAGUAUUUAUAGGGGAGGCAAUCUGAGGAACAAGACACAUCAGUGCCCACGAGCAGUGUGGAGUCUAAGACACAGCUCUGUGACCUCACCCAAAGCUUUCUAAGUCUUUAAACUCUGCUUUGAGAUGAUCUUACUUUAUCCAUUUAUAUUUAACAAAGUUUAGCUAAUUUAUUGGGGACAGAUCUUUUAUAUCAGUCAUGAAUAACCUUUUUUGAAAAAAAUGAAACUCGGUAAUCAUAACCACACUAAUGGAGCAUUAUAAGUUUGUAAUGCUAUAAUAAGUACUGCCUCUUUAGAUGUUAAAUAGAAAAUUCUAAAUGGUUAAAGCCUAAAUUCAAAUUCUGUAAAGUUAUAUUUUCUUACAGAUUAAUCUUAGCCCUUCUAUUAGUUCUGUGUUCUAGUUUUGAUAAAGCACAAGGUUUUAAUGGGAAAAGAUUCUGAUUCCUAGUUAUUUAGGCUCUAUGAAAAAUUGAGUAAACUGUUCAGAGAAUAGUAAAAAUUAUUCUUCUUUUAAUCAUAGCAGUAUAGUGAUAUUUUCCAUUACAUCUAUGUAAAUAGUAGCCUACUCAAGGAGUGUUGUUAUUAAAAAGAUGAAUUAUUCUCCUAAGUAAAUUCAUGUAAAGGCUUCUUGUUAGAGUUGAACAGAGCUACCUUUUGACCAAAGGUGUCAUUUUUAGUCGGCAGUAUUGUAUAAACACAAAACUUUGUUGCAAGAGUAUCCAUUGCUUCCAUUUAAUUUUAUUAUAAUUUUUUUCCUCAAUAAAAGGAAGAAAUGUUUUCUAUUUCCUCAUCCCUCUAUAGAUUCCUAACAUAUAUUUUUGGGAAUUUUGGUAUUUUUAAAGUAAAAAUGUCAUCUGUGGUUACUUAUUUUUGCUUUGUUUUUAUUCUAAAGGGAUAGGGAUAUUUCUAUAUUACGUACUUAACUAUUUCUUCACUCAUACAUGGAGUGUCCAUGACCUUCGCAAAAGUAGGAAAAGCCUCUUCUUUCCAUGAGCUACAUACAACCUUAUUGCCACCUUGGAUCUAAUGUUCUUUCAUGCCACCCUGAGUACAGUUUUAAUAAAAUGUAAGAACAGACCAGAGUGCCUUUGCCCCCAUGGAGAGUCUAAACCCAAUAUGACAACAAUGGCAAUAAAAGAGCAGAGUAACUGUUGCAUAGAAUGGAAAGGUAUUCAUUUCAUCUCCUCUUCUCUUCCAGGCUGCAAAAGCCCUCAUUAAAUCAAGUCUCCUAUCAAUCAGGUAGAAAAUUGAGAUUGCUGACAUUUUCUAAUAAGAACUUUUUAAUAUACUUCACCUUAGCCAAAUUUUAUAGAACUUCUGCAAUUUAAAAAUGAAAAACAAGACCUGGCCAGGUGUCUUGGUUAAUUGGAGCACUAUCCCACAGCAAAAGGUUGCAGGUUUGAUCCCCCAGUGGGCAUGCACGGGAGGCAACCAACUGCUGGAUGUUCAUUCUCAUUCUCAAUCUCCCUCCCCCUGCCCCAAUACCCCCCUCUCUCUCUAAAAUCAGUAAACACAUCCUUGGGCAAGAAUUUAAGAAAAAUAAUGAAGACAAAGAGCAACACUAAGUUUAAAAAGUAAAGCAGCUACUUUACAUUCUUUACUGUUAAAGGUAACAGACAUUUAAGUUUAUUGUGCCCGCUGUUAUAUAUUUUGUUCUCUAAAUUGUCAUCUGAAAUAAAUGUAGAGGCUUCAAAGAGUAACCAUAUUACUGGUAAAUAAAUGGGGGAGUUGGUGGCUAAAUCCAUAAGAAUGGUUUAUCAGAUAAAUCAAAUCCUUUUUAUAUUGGGCAAAAUGUUGUAAAUUAAGCCCUACUCAAAAAACAAAAAAGCACAUCUUCCUGAGUAAAUUUUUAAUCUUAUAGUCAGUGAGAAUAUAAAAUGAUGCACACUUUUUAUAUUAAUUAUGUACCACAAUGUAACAAGUUGCUACAAAGCUUAGGAACUCAAAGCAAGAAACAUCUGUCAUUUCACAGUUUUUGUGGGACAGGGAUCCAGGAACUGAUUACCUUACCACCCCGGAAGGACCAUGUGUAUUUGGGGAUGGUCUUUGCAGGCUCAAGCAGGGAGGGAGAACCAACUUAAUCUUGCUUGGACAUAGGAACCACUUGACAUUUAAUCACUUGAACAUUUAAUGGUUUUUUGAAUUAAUAGUUUGUUUUAUAAGUGAGAUUGAGAUUUACAUGGUACUGAGGCUUAUGUGCUUCAGAUAAAGUGUUAUAUAUAAAUUAUUGAUCCAAAAACAUACUUUUUGUUUCUUAUACACAGUGGAUAAUGUAUAAUUACUGAGAUAUGUAGGGUCAUGGGAGAUAGUUUUUAAGACUCUUUACAGUAGCCUUUAUCACUUCUCUUUUCAGUUUUUUCAUGAUAAUGUCAGGGGGGAAAAUUCUCUAUUGAGUUAGAUGCCUAAGAGGAAAAAUUAACAUGGAGAAAAGUGGUUAGAGAUUGUACCUAUGUAACAUCAAAGCCAAGUCUUCUGUUUCAGAAUAUUAACUUAUUUUCUUUGAUUUAUGAUGCCAUCAUAUCAUUGAAGUCUGCAGUUAAAAAAGGUUGUGCAUUUCUUAUCGUAAGAGAGGUAUGUAUUGUAUUUUGCAGCUGAAAAAAUUAACUGUGACUAUAGUAUAUAAAAAACUAAACAGCUGUACACUGUCCUUUUCAGUCUUUUCAUUUUGAAGUUUAAAAUUAAAAGACUUUUUAGAAAAGAAGAAUUUCUGAGGUGAAAAAUUUCACCUGUAUGUAUAAGUAAAAUUUCAUCUAUAUGUAA